AUGGUGUAUGAAGCAAAGCCUUUUGAUCCUAUUGCGGUGAAGCCCAACGAAAAGAAAAGGGUGGCGUACUUUUAUGAUGCAGAUGUAGGAAACUACGCAUAUGGUGCAGGCCAUCCAAUGAAGCCACAUAGAAUAAGAAUGACACAUUCAUUGAUUAUGAACUAUGGACUUUACAAGAAGAUGGAGAUAUAUAGAGCUAAGCCAGCUACAAAACAGGAGAUGUGUCAAUUUCACACCGAUGAAUAUAUUGACUUCUUAUCUCGUGUAACUCCAGAUAAUCUGGAUAUGUUCAAAAAAGAAAGUGUCAAAUUUAAUGUGGGUGAUGAUUGCCCUGUCUUCGACGGUCUCUAUGAAUAUUGUAGUAUUUCAGGAGGUGGUUCGAUGGAAGGUGCAGCUAGACUAAAUAGAGGUAAAUGUGAUAUUGCAAUUAAUUAUGCUGGUGGUUUGCAUCAUGCUAAAAAAUCAGAAGCUUCCGGAUUCUGUUAUUUAAAUGAUAUUGUUCUUGGUAUUAUUGAAUUACUGAGGUAUCAUCCAAGAGUCCUUUAUAUCGAUAUUGAUGUCCAUCAUGGUGAUGGUGUAGAGGAAGCGUUUUAUACUACAGAUCGUGUUAUGACUUGUUCAUUCCACAAAUAUGGUGAAUUCUUCCCUGGUACUGGUGAACUAAGGGAUAUUGGUGUUGGAAAAGGUAAAAAUUACGCCGUGAAUGUGCCUUUAAGAGAUGGUAUUGAUGAUGCUACAUACAAAUCAGUAUUUGAGCCAGUUAUCGGAAAAAUAAUGGAAUGGUAUCAACCGUCUGCCGUUGUUUUACAAUGUGGUGGUGAUUCUCUUUCUGGUGAUCGUCUAGGUUGUUUUAAUCUAUCCAUGCAAGGUCAUGCAAACUGUGUCAAUUACGUCAAAUCCUUUAAUAUUCCAAUGAUGGUCGUAGGAGGUGGUGGUUAUACAAUGAGAAAUGUUGCAAGAACAUGGUGUUUUGAGACUGGGUUAUUGAAUAACGUAGUAUUAGAUGAGGAAUUGCCAUAUAAUGAUUAUUACGAAUAUUAUGGCCCCGACUAUAAAUUGAAUGUAAGACCCUCAAAUAUGUUUAAUGUGAAUACUCCGGAGUACCUAGAUAGCAUUUUAACGUCAAUUUUUAGUAACUUAGAAAAUACGAAAUAUGCUCCUAGUGUUCAAUUGAACAAUGUACCAAAGGAUCCGGAAGAUCUCGGUGAUGUUGAUGAGGAUACAGCAGAGGCCAUGGACACCAAGGGCGGAUCACAAUUUGCAAGAGAUCAAGAAAUAGAAAAGGAAAACGAGUUUUAUUAG